CAUAAAUAAUGUUUACCAUAGCCACACACAAUACCAACUCCAUUUCCGCAGUCAGUCAAAUCACAACCGUGCAAAUCUUCAAACAGUUCCUUUGCAGCCUUCUGAAUUCCCAAUAACACUUCGUCCAUCUGACCAUCUCCAAAUAUUGGUUCUUUUUAGCGUCGUAUUGGUCGUUCUGCUCUGGAAUAUACGAUCUCCAUGGCUGGCGCCUCCAUUUUUAUUCUUGUAGCUUCUUUACUCAUUCUUCCAUCGAUUUCCCAGUCAAAUUCCAGUGAAGAACAAGGGGGGUUUGUCUUGGUGGGUAUAUCUAAUAAAGGUCUUGAUUUUGCCAAAGAAAUAUUGAUUGGAACUGCCGAGUCAUCAUUAGUCCCACUUGAGCUGCCCGAUAUUAAGAAAUCUGUGGAUAUCCCGGUUGUGGGGAAAGUCGAGAUGCUUCUUUCUAACAUUACUAUAGACACAAUCGAUGUGGUUUCCUCUACCGUUAGAACCGGGGACACUGGUGUGGUUCUAGCUGUUUCAGGUGCCACUGGUAAUAUAACUAUGAAGUGGAUGUAUUCCUAUGACACGUGGUUGCUUCCUAUUACUAUCACAGAUGAAGGAGAAGCUUCUGUUCAGGUUGACGGCAUGAGUAUAGGCCUUUCUUUCAGUCUUGAAACUAAAGAAGGAUCUCUUUCACUGUCUCUCCUGGAAUGUGGAUGCUUUGUGGAAGAUAUAUCAAUAACCUUGGGUGGAGGAGCUUCUUGGCUUUAUCAAGGGGUCCUAGAUGCUUUUGAAGAUAAGUUAAUCUCUGCAGUUGAAGAUGCAGUGUCAAAGAAAAUAGGAGAUGGCAUUGUGAAGCUUGAUUCUCUUUUGCAGUCUGUUCCCAAGGAAGUGCAGAUUACCAAACUUGCUUCUUUGAAUAUAACUUUCAUUGGUGAUCCAGUGAUUAGCAAUGCUUCUGUUAUACUUGCAAUUGAUGGUUUAGUAAGUGGUGACAGAAAUAUAACCAUUCCUCUCACACUUUACCAUGGGUAUCUCUUACCUUCUAUCACUUGCAAGGAUCCAGAUAAAAUGAUUACAAUGUUCUUGCACGAAAAUGUUAUAAAGUCAGCAUUAUCAGUAUAUUUCAAGGCAGAUAAGAUGCAUUUCCUCGUGGAUCAAGUACCGGACCAGUCCCUACUAAACACUGCUGAGUGGAGGUUUCUUAUCCCUAAGCUAUACAAACAAUACCCUAAUGAUGACAUGAGCCUCAAUAUUUCAGUAACCUCAACACCAACCAUCAAGAUUGAAAAACAGCAGAUGUAUGUCAUGGUUCCUAUGGAUGUCAUUAUUAAUGUUUUGCAUAAGGGUGAAGUAGUUCCUGUUGCGUGCAUUUUGGUGGAAAUCAAUGGAUGGGCUUCUGCAGAGGUUUCUAAUGGUAGUCUAGGAGGCAGUGUCAAAUUAGAUUACUUAACCAUGUCUUUGAAAUGGAGCAACAUUGGUAGUCUCCACUUGUCUCUUGUUCAGAUGCUGAUAUCGAGCCUGCUGAGGACUCUGGUGGUACCACUUGUCAAUCUACGGCUCCUCGAGCUUGGAUAUCAUCUGCCAUCUUUCCAUGGUUAUGAGCUUCAAGAUGCUGAAGUCUUCUUUACUGAUUCUUGGAUUACAUUAUGCAGUAAUGUGGCCCCCGUGGCCCCAUCAAUAAGUUCAACCCCGGUCAUUGCGCUUCUGUAAAUCACAACCACACAUCAUAUUGUAUAUAUAGUUGGCCCCAGCGUGUACACAUACAUGGUUCAGGCCAGCAAAAUUUUAGAUUAGCUGUGUAUGUAAUUUGUUAAGUUUGGCAGGUGAAUGAAGAGGAUUCUUUAAGUCUUCAUUUGUAGCAUACCACAGGAGUGCAGGUUCCAAAAGUGUUCUUUAAGAUUGUAGCAGUGUAGCUUACAUGUUUAGCUGCUCCUAAACUCUUAUGAGAACAAUGCAUUUGUUUGAAAAAAAACAAUGCAUUUGUUUAUUGAAUAAAAUAAAAAAAUGCCAUUUGUAACUUGCUUUAUAAUUUUAAAAUUGUAUAUUGAUUGAAUAUAUUACUCCCUCUGUUC